AUGGCAUUUGGACCAGAAAAUGAUCUUACCUGUCCCGUCUGUCAUGAAAUCUUUAAAGAUCCUGUUAUGCUGAAAUGCAGUCACAGCUUCUGUAAAGCCUGUCUGCAGAGAUGGUGGACAGUGAAACAGGCCCAGGUUUGUCCAGUGUGUAAGGCUGUAUCUCAAAGUAACAACCCGCCUCGUAACUUGGUAUUAAAGAACCUUUGUGAGGCCUUCUUACUGGAGAGAGAUCAGAGAGCUUCAGCACAGUCUGAGCCUCUUUGCAGUCUGCACUCUGAGAAACUCAAACUCUUCUGUCUGGAUCAUCAGCAGCCAGUCUGUCUCGCUUGUCUGCAUUCAGAAACACACAAAAAGCACAAAUUCAGACCGAUGAAUGAAGCUGCACAGGAUCACAAAAAAGAGCUCCAGAAAUCCCUGAAAUCCUUAUGGGAGAAAAAGAAGCUCAUUGAAGAAGUUAAAGGAAACUGUGAUCAAACAGCAGACUACAUGAAGGUCCAGGCCAAAGACACAGAGAGGAAGAUUAAGGAGCAGUUUAAGAAGCUUCACCAGUUUCUACAAGAGGAAGAGGAGGCCAGGAUCUCUGCUCUGAGGGAUGAAGAGCGGCAGAAGAGUCAGAUGAUGAAGGUGAAGAUUGAGGGCCUGAGCAGAGAGAUAGCAGCUCUUUCAGACACAAUCAAAGUCACAGAGGAGGAGCUGAAAGCUGAAGACGUUUCAUUCCUGCAGAACUACAAGACUGCAGUGGAAAGAGUCCAGCAGCGCCUCCUGCUGGAUGAUCCAGAGCUGGUCUCAGGAGCUCUGAUAGACGUGGCCAAACACCUGGGCAACCUGACCUACAGCAUCUGGAACAAGAUGAAAGAGAUGGUCUCCUACACUCCUUUUAUUCUGGAUCCAAACACUGCUGACCCAGAACUGAUCCUGUCUGAAGAUCUGACCAGUGUGAGACGUGGAGAGAAACAGAAGCUCCCUAAAAACCCAGAGAGGACCAAAUUCUCCUGCUCUGUCCUGGGCUCUGAGAGUUUUAACUCAGGGACUCACAGCUGGGACAUUGAAGUCGGAAACAACAAGGACUGGGAGCUGGGUGUGUUGGGAGAGUACGUCCAGAAGAACGGACGCUUACAGCCCGGACUGUGGAGAAUAUUGUUCUGUGACGGUAAAUUCACAGCGUUCUCCACUUUGGAUCCAGAGAAAGAUCUGUUGGUGAAGAAGAAGCUGCAGAGGAUCAGAGUUCAUCUGGAUUGGAGAAGAGGAACAUUGUCUUUCUGUGAUCCUGAUACUAAGAAAUACAUACACACCUUCAGACACACUUUCACUGACACCGUGUUUCCAUACAUUUACACUGAGAAUCAUCUCCCACUAAAGAUUUUACCACUGAAGGUCUCUGUGACGGCAGAGAAACGCAGUUAG